GAAAGAAAGACUUUCAAAAUAUAUAAGCAAGUGAUCUCCCAGUUGUGGCUUAUUCGCAAUCGACAUGAGGUUCCUACCGGUGGUGGCAGUAAUUUUGCUUAGUUUAGCGGCAGCUCAGGCUGCCUCCAGUCGCCCGCAGCUGGUGCGUCUCCACCAGGUGAGUCGGGUGGAGUACAAUGAGCUCCUGCGUCUAACCCAGGGCAAGCAGGAGGUCUCUCAGGCCCGUCUGCUUAGCAGCUCCAUCGCCGGCAUCAAGGGUCUGGCAUCUGGCUUUGCCGCCGGUAACUUCAUUCCCGCCAUCUUCAGCUCCGGCUCCAAGGACACCAACAAGAAGGGCCGUCCCCUGUGCGUGAUCUCCACCAACGAUCUGGAUCAGGAUGAGGUUCGCUCGGGUCGUGUGGUCAGCAUUGAGUACGAGCCUAAUUCCGACUCCAGUUCGGGAUCAGGACAUGGUCAUGGCAGCGGCAGCGGAAGUGGACAUGGAAGUGGCAGCGGAAGUGGACAUGGAAGUGGGCAUGGAAGUGGGCAUGGAAGCGGCCACGGUAGCGGCCAUGGCGGCGGCCAUGGGAGUGGCAGCGGAAGCAGUGAUGAUGAUGAUGAUGUGACCACUGUGAAUUGCAUUUUGGUGGUAAAUGGUACCGAUACCACCACCACUCCCCAGAAGCCGGAUAACGGACAUGGACAUGGAAAUGGAAAUGGACAUGGAAACGGACAUGGCGGGCAUGGACACGGUUCUGGUUCUGGUUCUGGUCCUGGCAAGCCGAACUACCCCUGGUACCCACCCUUCCCAUACCCACCAUCCUACGGCUAUCCCCCCUAUCCCUUCUUCCCACCACACUACCCUCCAUCCUUUCCAUACCCACCACCACCUAAGCACGACAAGCGAUCCUUCGAUGAGGAGGAGGAUGUGGGUCGUCUGAUCGAAGCCUACAACGAUAACUACUAUCAGCCCGAGAUCUACGGCUUGAGGAGCGGAAAGCGCUCCAGGGCCAACCAGGAGAUCGCCGCCUACCAGACCGCCUCCUAUCCCAAGCAGGAGUACGCCUCCAACUACCCCAAGGUGAUCCGUAACUACGGCCUGACCCAUCCCGCUCCCGUCUACGUGCGUUCCCCGCAAUUCGAUGAGGGCCAGUAAGUGUGCCUUUAAAUACUACCUCUGAUACUACCUGAUACUACUUGAAUAAAUAAAUUAUUUGUGAAAAUC